GCUUGUGGUUAUGGGAAUCUUUACAACGACGGCUAUGGGAUUAAGAACACGGCAUUAAGCACGGCGCUCUUCAACAGUGGGAGCAUGUGUGGGGCGUGCUUCCAGAUAGUGUGCAAUCCGAAGAAAGCACCACAAUGGUGCAGGAGGGGAGCGCACAUCACGGUGACAGCCACAAACUACUGCCCGCCAAACUACGACCAGCCCAGCGACAACGGCGGGUGGUGCAACCCGCCGAGGAAGCACUUCGACAUGUCGCAGCCUGCUUGGGAGACGAUCGCCAUCUACAGAGCAGGCAUCGUGCCCGUAUAUUACAGAAGGGUUUCAUGUCGUAGGAGUGGAGGCAUCAGAUUCACCGUCAAUGGAAGGGACUACUUCGAGCUGGUCCUGGUAAGCAAUGUAGGUGGGAGUGGGGUAAUUUCUGGCAUGUGGAUCAAAGGGUCCAAUACGAAAUGGGAAGCCAUGAGCAGGAACUGGGGCAUGAACUGGCAGAGCAAUUCUUAUCUCAAUGGCCAGAGCCUGUCCUUCCGUGUGCAGCUCGACGACGGUCGCGUCCAGACGGCGUACAACGUCGCGCCUUCCAAUUGGAAGUUCGGCCAGACCUACAGCACGUCCAUCCAGUUCUUAUAGCAACCGGUCUUCGAAUUUUUAAUUUCUGCUUUUUUUCUUUUCUUAUCUUUGUUUUUUUUUUUUCCUUCUGGGCUGACGGACCUCCGUGUAUUAAUUAAGGUGAUUCGGCAAAUGAGCCGAUAGCAUGAUGAAAGGGUGGUCGCUUGACCCCUGAAGCAUGCAUGAUUGGGUGGUCCUGGGCAUUGCAAUCUUUUCUUGUCUCUCUCUGCAUCUUCUUUCAUGUCAACCGUGUAUUAAUUGCCUUAGGCUGUGGCUGAGAUCUAAAUUCCAAGACCAGCCCACCUGGUGGCAUAAUUCAGCGGAAUAAGGGAAAUAACUCCAGUGUUUGUCGUUUGAGGGCUUCGAUUCCUGUUCUCUCCUCCUUGUAGUUUUCCUUCCCCGUUUUGCUUUUCCCCAGC